UGUUGAAAAUGGCGCUUGUGUUUAUCCUUGCAGCCUGGCAGGCGGUCUUGCUUUGCCUUUUGUUUGCAGUGAUAUAUGUUGGGAGCUUAUAUGUUUGGGCUGACAGUGUCUCUAAAAACAGGGAUCACCCAGAUACUAUCAAGAGACGGUUUGUCAGCGUUGGGCUGGUGUCAGUCCUUGUUCCACCUUUACUUUGGUUCUUCGGGUCAACGUCAGAAAGCCCUGAUGCACAUGGGCUUUUCGAAUGGAUUGGAAUCCGGUUUUAUGGGUUGAUCCCCUCCCUAAUACUACCUCUUAUUCUCACUAUGAUUUUAUUCUUCGGCCCCCUGACUUUACAUUACAUGGAUGGUGUUUUCAGGCUGUACCUGGAGCCAAAGUAUUGGUCAAACAACAUCAAAAACAUCAUCUGGCUGAGAAACCACAUUGUGGCCCCUUUCUCUGAAGAAUUCAUAUUCCGUGCCUGUAUGUUGCCUCUUCUGGUACCCACUAUAGGGGCAGGCUGGUCUGUCUUCUUGUGCCCAUUCUUCUUUGGCGUUGCUCAUUUUCACCAUAUGAUUGAGAAAAUUAUUCAUGGACAAGUUGAAGUGAAGGAAGCUUUUAAGCAGGCCUGUUUCCAAUUAUUUUACACUACAAUAUUUGGUGCUUACUCAGCUUUUCUUUUCUUAAGAACAGGGCACCUGUUGGCUCCUGUCAUAGCUCAUGCCUUCUGUAAUCACAUGGGCUUCCCAGCCUUCGGAGAGGUGAUGGCAUAUCAACAGCCCACUCGCACCAAACUAAUGGCCUGCUUUCUGAUCGGGGCCAUCACUUGGAUGGUUUUGUUGUACCCGCUGACGUCAAGUUUUCUCUACUCCAACACGAUCUAUGAGCUGUAACAUGCUCCAGGGAUCUAUAUAGCAGAGGGACAACCUGAAAUGUGUAUCAUUUUUCAUUUUUUGUAUGCGCGUCUAUUGAAAUCAGUUAAAAUGUCAGGAAAACGUGUACAUAAUUGUUUUAUGUGUAGCCCAUGUCAAGCACGUUUGGAUGUCUCAGUUUCUUGACAAUCAGUUUACUAAAUCUAGAUCAUGCCACGAUAACCGAAGCCACAGAAAAAACAUGGGUGGCGGAAUUUUAUUCGCAAUUCUGAGUUAUCGUACAGAUGAUAAGAUUUAUAUUAUGAAUGUAUAUAAAUCACUCUCAUUGCUCACUACAUACUGAACUCCGCAAAUACUUAUCUCAGCAUGUCCGUAUUACACAAGCUACACAACUAUUAGCUAUUUAUUUGACAUUUAAUCAUCUUUCUUAAUAUCCUAAUUCCUCAACCGUUUCACAUGUGAAAGAACAGUUUUCAGUGCUGUUCAUGCAGGUUUUCAAUUUGAUUUUUGAGACAGAACUACAUUGGUUUGGAUUGGCCAGUUGCAAGACUUCCCAAAAAGUGUAAUUUUAUGAGCCUGCGCAGAAUAAUGCCCUCAGAGAUUGCUUGAAUAAACACAUUGCAAACAUGCGAAAAGGUUGAAGAAUGACAGUAGCUUUAAUCACAGGUAAUUGAUCACUGCUAGCAUUUGUGUCUAUUCACCUGUAAUGGAAUCUUACACACAGGUUAUACUUGGAGCAGCGAUGUAAAGCUAUCGGCAGUUUUUGAAUUUGAGAUUUUUUAAUAAUUGUUGUCACGUCAUCCGUUGUAUAUGGCUGUUAUUCUCAAGCAGUGGGUAUAAUAUACAGGUAUGUACCUGUGUCAGUGAAUUGUGAAAAGAUUAUUAUUGAAAGGUGUUACUGAAAAGGAUCCUACAACGGAAUACCAACAUACGCUUCGCCAAGAUCAGAUAAAAGUAAUGUCAUUGUAUCGGUAUACAUGAUAUGGUUAUGUAAGUAUGUAUCAUUUGUGAUUAGACUUAGAAUCUAUAAGCAUGUACAGUGUAUAUAGCAUAUAUAUAUAAGCCCACAAUUAUUCUUAAGAGCUUUAUAAUAUAAGGCACUACAAUGGAGCAAAAUCUUUUGACGUGUUUGGAAGAAAAUUGUGCUAUUUUUGGACCUCAGGGUUUUAAUAUGUCCUUUACUUAAAAGUUUGUUUUAUGAAAUUGACCAGUCUGCAGUAAGUUAUCAUGUACAAAUUAUCUGUAUUACUAUAUAUUACUAUAUAAUAUUGAAACGUGUGUUUGCUACUUUACAGUAGCUGUCUUAUUGUAAUUAUUGAGGCAACCUUUCAUUAAUUCUAGAUUGGAAAGGUACAUCCACAUCGUUAUUAUCCACAUUUCUACAAGAAAUGGUAGAAAACCCAUGCACUUGGGAUCAUUGUGAAUAGAUAGAAAGGUUUAAUGUCAUGCCCAUUACUUAACAUUUGGUGAGACAGAUAUACAUGUAUAACAUAUGGACCGAUAAAUAUUAUUGAUCUUUUAUAUGGCAUUCCUGACAUCUGGUUAAGCCUCUAAGGUAGAGUCUGAAUCUCUCACAUUUACAGCAGAAAUUUACAGCAAAAUAUUUUACAUAGUUUGUAUAGUAAACAUAUUAUGCCUUUAUAUAUUCCCUGCUCUUGCAAGUAUACGUAUUUAGAAAUGAUAGGAACAGUCCAUUAGGUCUUGUAUAUUGCCACUGCACACACUAAAACAUAUUAUGUACUAUAUAGCAGCUAGUAUUAGAUACUUUUGUAUGUUAGAGACAUUUUCUUAAGCAAGUGCCAACGAUGGUCUAGUCAUUAAUAUAAUGCUCAGGAAGAUCUCACAAAACUUCAUUUGUCUCAGCGCAUUGUUUAAUAUCUGUCUAUACAGUUUCGACCUAAAUGGCCCCCUGGCAAAAGAAAGAUCUUUGUGUUUUGCAGUUAGGAUCAUGUUUUAGCUCUGUCCUCUCAGUUGUCACAUACUGGUGACAGUUAGCUGCCAUGGCAGAGAUUAGCAGCAGUAAAAGUGAAUUUGACCCUGACAGUGAAGCUUAGAGACUUUGCAGAUGUUUUAGCUGUGCCCAUAGUUCUCACCUGUUACUGAGGUUACCUGCCAUGACUAGAGAUGAGCAGCAAUAAAUGUGAGAUGGCUCCUAACAGUAAUGUUCAGAAGCCUUGUAUUUAGGAUCAUGUUUUAAUUCACCUGCUGGUGGCAGUUACUAGCAGCAAAAAAUGUUAACUUGACUCUAUCAGUAAAGUUCAGAAGCUGUUAAAAUCAUGUUUUAGUUCUCUGCACAGUUCUCACAUACCUGUGACAGUUACACUUGUGAAGACAGAGAUGAGCAGCAGUAAAUGUUAUCCUGAUCCUAACAGAAAAGUUGAGAAACUUUGUGGUAAGGAUCAUGUUUUAGUUCUCUGCACAGUUCUCACAUACCUGUGGCAGUUACACCUGUGAAGACAGAUGAGCAGCAGUAAAUGUUAUCCUGAUCCUAACAGUGAAGUUGAGAAACUUUGUGGUAAGGAUCAUGUUUUAGUUCUCUGCACAGUUCUCACAUACCUGUGGCAGUUACACCUGUGAAGACAGAGAUGAGCAGCAAUAAAUGUUAUCCUGAUCCUAACAGUGAAGUUGAGAAACUUUGUGCUAAGGAUCAUGUUUUAGCUCUCCACAGUUCUAGCUCUCUCCACAGAUUUUGCUCUCUCCGCAGUUCUAGCUCUCUCCGCAGUUCUAGCUCUCUCCACAGUUCUAGCUCUCUCCGCAGUUUUAGUUCUCUCCACAGUUCUCACCUGCUGGUGGCAGUUACAUGCAGCGAUGAAUGCUGACCUAAUCUGAACAGUAAAGUUUCAGAAGUUUGUAAUUUGAUAAGGUCUACUUCUUUUGCAAAUAAAAGAAAGGCUAAUCCUACUUGGUUUCCAGAGAUAUUUGUUAAGAGGGUUUGUACACGUUCACUUGUCUUGCUAUUUUUUCCACGUAUCUGUAUUGCUAUUUUUUUUUUCCCUUUAAGUCUUCCAAGCAGAUGUAACUUACAAUAGAAGCAAGAAAAGAUCUUGUACAUCAGCCAUUAUAUUAGACACCUAACUUCUAUAGAAUAAUACUCCAGCUUUAUAUCAUACCAUAUGCUGUGAUGAUGUCCUGAUCCAGCCAGUCUGAAGUAUUGCAAACAUGUAAGUUGCAAUCAGGGCACAUGGACGUCUAAACCAGAAUAACAGCCUGUUAGGGACUGCACACACAUAACAGUUGUACAUGGCAAAGGCCUACACUCCACUGGCAUAUCAGAGGGAGAAUUGGUUUCAUAUUGAUGGGUAUUCAGCUGAAAACUAGGUGGCUACAUUGUUGGAGUGGAUGUAGGCUAGGAAUUAAAGGUUGGUGCAUUCACAAGACAUAGUUUUUUUUAUGUUAAUUAUUUUAUGUAUAUAUAUGUGAAAUAUGCAUCACAUAUAGAGGUUUAUGUAUGUGACAAUUAUUAAUAGUAUAAAAGUGAACAGUUUACAUACAUGUAUGUUUUGAGCCUUUGUUGGUUUAAGUUGUUUAACUCAGCCUAUUAGAUCGUUUCUCGACUGACUGACCACUGCAGAGUUUCGCGUUUUUUCUGAAGCAUUAGCCGUGGAAUUUCUUUCACAGAUAGAUUUUAUAUAAUACUAGUAAUAGUGCUGUGUGAAACAGUCCAGAUGUGUUUGGGUAGAAUAAUAAGUAUCAUUGUUAGUCUGGCUUUGAUGGAAAAUUUAGAAUAUAUAUCAUCAUUAUUAAUGCUAAUGUUUAAUGGUCUAUGUCCAUUUAUAAAAUAUGUAGUGGAUUAAAAAAUACAACAAGGGAUUCUGUGGCUGGUAUACAAGUACAUGUACAAGGUGUUAUUAAUAUCAAAGAUUUCUAUAUUUCCUAUUGAGGCCUCUACGACCUGCCAGCCAACACCACAGUGAAAACAGUUGAUUAUCGUUAUAAUUUUAUUAAUUGACUGUGUAUGUUAUGGUCUAAGUAUUGCCUAUCCCUCAUUGGUGAUGUCAUAUUACCAACAAUGCAUCUCCACUGUGGAGCACUAUGACUUGGGCCAAUACAACUUUCAACUUGGCCAAUACGACUUUCAACUUGGCCAAUACAACUUUCAACUUGGCCAAUACAGCAUUGAUCUGGAGGUCUCUAUAUUGCCUGGUCAUAUGGACUGUGUUUGGGAAAUAACACACAGAAUCAGUAAAGUAAUUAAAGAAGUCUUGGUCACAAGAUGGCUUACUGUAAUGAUAAUUUCGAACCACUAUUCUUUACACAAGCAAAGCCCAGAUAAAUGGCCAUUAGAGAAGAAAAAUAUCAGUACUUGAAAGAAAAGGAUGUACGAGUUUUUAAAAUACCAUGCAAAAUGUAUUAUACAGUAUUGGAUUUUAUUGCAGUGACUUAGAAUAAUGCUGUGUAAGGAAUUUAAUAACUCAGAGCUGAACACUUUACUGGAUAUGGCCUUGUCUGGACUCUAAAAUUUAGGGUUUUCUUGUUCCUAUAUUUGACCUAAAAAUUUGCCCCUGAGUAGUAUGUUUUUAGAGUCAAAUAAAUGUCAUAAAAAUUGCUUUUAGAGGUAAAACUUUUUCCAAUAGGAUUUUGCCCUACCUUCAACACAAACCUCAAAACACUUUCACAGAUGAAUACAACUCUUAGAAUGAGACUUGAAGGAUACUUGACUUAGUCAUGGACUAACCUUUAGGCCAGAUACAAUAUUCAUGAUCUUUUAGUGGACAUGACAUACACAGUUGUGUGUAUAAUUCCUUUAUUUACUGAUAACAAUUAUUGUUUCUCAUGAAUACAGCAAUGUUAUGUUUUAAGCUUAACAGGGAGGCCAGUUAACACAAACAAUUACUUUACAUAAUUUUGUACAUAUGUAUCUUGUUUCAUGUCCAAAAGUUCAUUGUGUGAAUGAACAUGUUAAUACUUUGCGAGUUACAAAUGCGGCAGUCUGGAGUUAACCUGGGAUGUUACAGUGGCCAUACUACGCCACAGGUUAAAGAGAGUAUUUAGGAAAAUUUCUAUAUUAUGACUUGUAUAUAAAUUGUUGUAGUGAAGUAGCAUUUAUAAUCAUUUCUCAGCCUGUUACUGCCUUAUGCAUGGUGAUAGUGUGAUGCCAGUUGGACUCUUACAGAUUCAGCCAAAGGGGGAAAUGUUUUCCGCACUGUCACGUAAGAACACGCAUAUGAUUAAUUAUAAUCCUGAUGUCCGACACAUUUGUAACAACGUUGAAUCUUGUGACGUCAUGACAUCAAAAUUCCUUUUGCCAAGAAUGGAGUGCAUCCAUUUUGUACCAAUAUGUGAAGCAACUUCUCUAAAGCAAGUUCUCUACAUCCGUGUCUGGCAAAGUUCAUUAAUUUUCAUCUAUACAUAAACUAUCAAAGUGUAUAAAUGCUAUUAGAGGAAAUUUGCAGAGUUUAAUUAGAAUAGCUUAAGUCAAACAUUUGUGACAACUCUGGUAUAGUCUCUUUAAACAGGACAGCUUUAAGUUUGGGUACAAAUUACAGCUAGGACUUGAAUUUACAAAUAGUCUAUGAAUUUAGGACAUAACUCUAUGGCCUAAAUAUAUUUCAGUCAGGUUAAACUUUGUAGAUGCUGUCAUUCUGGAUAUAUCAGACAGUCUAUACUAAGCUGUUAGUAUUGUUAUGCUUAACUUUUUUGUCUACAUUAAAAGAUCUGUUGUAAAGGAUUUUUUCACUGUAUUCCACCUGUAUAUUACAACACUCCGAACUGGUACGGUGCAGUACUUUUAAAUCUAUUAUAAAUACACGUACAUGUAUUUUAUUCUUGGGUCUUGGGUGUUGUAUCAAGGAAUUUUCAACUGUAUUAUACUUUAAUAAUAAAGUAAACAAAAUGAUCUAUCUUA